GUUAACGGGACAAGUUGUGUGUUUGUUUGUUUUUGUCCGGUAUAUUUUUGGUUGUCUCGCUGUCCCGGUGAAGUGUCCUCCUCAGGCGGACGUCGUGUUGUGUGUUUGGGGGGUGUGACAGCAGCGAGUCCGCUCACAGCUGUGGCUUCCGCGGCUCGUUUGUCAGCGGGACACCGGCUCGUGUUGUGGAGGGUAAUGUGGAGAAUAAUGUGAGCCGAACCAACUUGUUGACCCGAGGACUUUUUGACACAUAGUUUGUGGAUGACAUGAAUGACAAACAGGACAGGCCUUAUGUGUGCAGCGCUCCGGGCUGCUCUCAGCGCUUCCAGUUAGAGGAGCAUCUGCUCAUCCACAGACACAAGCAUGAGAUGACACUCAAGUUCUCCUCCAUCAAAGCAGACACGGCUUUUACAGACCAGACGCCGACACCGACGCGAUUUCUGCAGAACUGUGAAGAGGUCGGUCUGUUCAAGGAGAUAGAGGAGGAGUUUCUACAAGCCCAAGAAGAGGAGAAGAGCAAACAGACGCUUACCCAUAAUGGGCCGUCCUGUAUGAACCAGCACCAGCUCAAACCCCAGCUUCACCUCCAGCACCCACAUCCCCAGCCACCGCUGCACCAUCCCCAAACCCAUGUCCUGCAGCGCCCCCAGUGUCACGGCCCCACGCUGGGCCCCAGCUGCAGUCUGGCUGGCCAGCAAACGCUGCCCUGCUCCUCCCAGUCUGGAUCAGUCAUCACCCAGGCUCCUUCCACGCUCACACACUCAGGUCCAGUUCCUGGGCCUCUGUCCUCCCUCCUCCACAUGCGGAACAGACACAGACAGCCGCUGCCAGCCUCCUUACCCGGCACCCUGCCAGAUCCCGCCAUGCAAGGAGCAUCUGCUCAGCACAUGACUAUAGAGAAGCAGAUGUCUUGUCUAAUGGGUUUACCAGGUCCUGGACACAACCCCUCCUGUUCCUCACCUCAGAGAUCCAAACAGACGCUGGGCCAUCAUUUCCCACAGCACCACCCCGGAAUGGUUGCCGGCAACAACCCUGGUACAUCCAUGGGUCACAUGAUGGACAUGAUGUCACAGUGCCACCAGGCGCCUCCACUACAACACCAUCAUCAUCAUCCUCAUCAUCCACAGCUUCCAGCGCCGCCCCUUCCCUACCAACAGCGAUGCCACGCGCCGCCUCCUCCUCCUCCUCCUCCUCCUCAGCACCUGGGAAGCUCGCACAGCCACCAGCUUCACCAGUCAGGGAAUGUACCGCACGCUCAGGCUCACCAAUCACCGCCUUCACACAUGCACCAGGCAUCACCUCCUGCACGCCCACUUUCUGUUCCAGCACAGUUAUCACCAGUCGCACAGCAGAUGCAGCCCUCACAGCCUUCCCAUUCCCAGCAUGCAAUGCAAGGUGGUAGCUGCAGUGGUGGUGGGCCACGGGAAGGAGGAUGCAGCGGCCGUCGCAGGAGGACAGCAGAGCAGGACCCCGACGAGCGCAGGCAGAAGUUUUUGGAGCGCAAUCGGGCCGCGGCCACUCGCUGUCGACAGAAGAGAAAACUGUGGGUGUCGUCGCUGGAGAAGAAAGCCGAGGAGCUGACCCACACAAACUUGCAGCUACAGAAUGAGGUGACGUCACUGAGGUCGGAGGUGGGUCAGCUGAAGCAGAUUCUGCUCACCCACAAGGACUGUCCCGUCACCGCCCGCCAGAGAGAGGCACAGGGGUACCCCACUGCAGGAGGAAGUCCCACUCCUGUCGGCCCCGGCUCUCAUCUGCAGGCCAUCCAACACAACAGCAUCUCCACCUCCUCGACAGCCACAGGUGACACAAGCCAUGACCCCCAGCCCGCUGGACAUUAGCCCUCAUCAUAUAGAGGGCGGGGUGGGAUUGGCCGGCUGAAUCCAACCAGACUGAAAUAAUCUCACCGAAACACCGAACCACGCCUCUUUACAUUUUACAUCGAACUGGAUGAGGUGAAUUUAUGAAUCCACGUGAACACUGAGGUAUUAUUCUUGUCUUUUUUUUUUCUGGUUGGAGAAGAUACCAGAGCCACACAUGGGAGGUACUCCCACUUUCAUUUCCGUAACUGGUACAAAAAUGUGCUUUGACUUAAAGCUUUGUGAAAAACUGUGAUGGUUCAUGGCGGUUGCGUCCUGUGUCUUUUCAGAAAAUGUUGUUUUCAGCAAUCUCACCUUAGCCUGCCACCCACUGACUAUGCACACUAUCAAACUAAGCAGUGUUUCAGUUUUCUUUUUCUUUUACUAUGUUGUCUUGCACUAAUUAAAAAAAAGCCUAUAUAUUAAGUAAUAUGAAUUAUCUAUAUGAAUUAAUAUCUUUCAAUGAGCAGCUCAAAAGCGCACAUCUUAUGCCUUCUCUCUAAACCCAGAGUCAGUUUGUCUAAACUGUAUUUUUCUACAUGUGACUAACACACAAAGACAAUGGAGAUUUAAAAUAACACCUUUGUUUUCUUGGGAAGCCUUUUUUUUUUUUUUUAAUUUAACAACAUGCCCUUAAAAUGCAAAAUAACUCCAAGCUGCACUUGUCAUGUCUCAAGCCCUGACCGUUUAAUUUAAUUUACACUUAUUUCAGACUUUUUGUAUGUUAAAGAUGUCGACAAUCGCUGUAAAUGUACUGCUAAAAUAAAAAAAGCACUUAUUCUGGUA